AUGUCAGCGCCACUGCAAACAAAUAGAGAAAUCAAAAAAUCACCAGUUGCUCAGCCAGAAACGCCGUCAUUGACAAUGGCUGUCCACUUCCAUAAGGAUCAAGACAAUCCUAAGUUAUUAAAGAGUUACAGAGACGAAGAGCGCCGUUACAGUGUCAAAUGGCCAUGGCGAACACAGAUCCCUAAUCUCUCAGAUAACUUUGGCUUGUGUCUAGGCCGUCUGAAAUCGCUGAUCAGACGUGUGCGCGAAAAUACUGAUCUUCUGAAGGAAUACGACAAAGUCUUUAAAAAUCAGAGCGAACGAGGGAUUAUCGAGGUUGCUGGGAAAAUCGAUGGAAUGAUGACGCACCGCUUUGACACCUUCAGAGUUCAGUCCGACAUUAUUUUUCAAGGCUUAACCACUCGACAAAGUCAUAGUCGUUAUGCUGUAUUAGCAGAAUACGUCAGCCACCAAGGUUUAUGCCACGGUGCGGCAUAUAGCGUCCAGUAUGGAGAUUGGCAGAACGUAAUUGUGCAAGCGAACCAUCAAAUAACACUGACUAAGUAUGACUCGGACUCAUCUACCACCGAGAGUCAAAUCAGGCUUUGA